AUCCUUAUCAUUGCUAAUGUCAUCCCUAAUGUGAAAUGCACACCAUCACAACAGUUGGUUCAAACAAUAACAAAUUCAAAUAAAAUUGUUUUGAUUUUGUAUGUAAAACGAUCCGUAUUAUAAUUACACAUUUAAAAUGUGCUCGACCUCAGGAGGAUCUUGGAUCAAUGCCAUCUUCGACGAGGUGGCCCUAGAGGGCUUGGAAGGAGCGACAUUGCCCUAUCUCUGGGAAUUGUUGUCGCGGCGUCUUAAUUUCGCACCAAAUCCAUUGCCUGAUCGAAUUCUGAAUCAGGUGUGGACGCUGCUUGUAAAGUCUCCUGCGCACAAAGUUCAGUUUUUCGAGUUGCCCGCGCCUCGUCCUUUACUGCCUUAUUACGAUCGCCUAAAUGAUCUGGACAAGGAUGUGGGCUUUCCAGUGGUGCCGGAUAAAUGCCCCUUUCAGUUCCUCACCAAUGCGCCAGUGCAGGAAGGUGGCAUUAUGGGCAGCUGCGUGGACUUCAAGACCCGGAAGCUGAUUCCGGCUAGCGAUCUCAUGAAGCUGAGCUGCUCCCAGGCCACCGAGCAGUGGGACACCCGAUUGGUGGUAGUCGCUUCACAGGAACUCCGCAAUGCAGCACUGUCGCCCAGGCACAUGUUGUUGCCAAAGGAAAUGUCGCUGCGGAACUACGUAUAUCUGGAGGCCGUCGGGCGCACCCGAUACAGCGGACAUACCACGGCCGGUCCUUGGUCCUUGAUUCACUACUGCCGUGAUCCUGGCUUUGUGUUCUACAUCAAGAACAAGCUACUGGGUCUGCAACUGAUUACCGCCCAGACGUAUGUUGAGCAAAACAAGGGCCGACUCCUGACGUCGUCGCUGCUGUUGUUACCUCGUUUCCACCGGAUCUACAAGAACCGAACACAGGAGAAUCUGGAAAACUUGUACUUCGAAAUAGUGCGUACCAGUGAGAAGCACUUUCCCGUCUCCGAGAUAUGCGCCCGCCUCGGCAACCCGCCCCAUCUGAAGACGAAGAAGUUGCUGGUUACGCAUGGGUUCCGAAAGUUUUUCGAAACCAAACAGGUGGAUCGCGGGCCCCCGCCUCUAACCAAAUCGGGAAAGGUGUCGAAGUCAACCAACCACAUGGUGACCGUAGUGCAGCUCCGAAAUCCUGACAUGCAGGUGAUGGAUCUGUAUCAAAACACCAGCGACGGCGGCGAAGAGAAGACGGUACCGGAAUUCGUCGACCUGCGUCACUGCCUGCUGGAUAUACCGCCGGAGGAGGAGAUUGUACGGGCACUAUCUCGAUUUGGCCAACGCGGACUCACCGCCUCUGAAAUAUCCAUGUACACUGGCAUUAAUUUCAAUACCAUGCGCCACUUUAUCAAGCAUUUGCAGAGUUCCAAUUUGGCCAAGGCCUACUCGGAGCACGCCGGCAAGAGCCGUCAAUAUCGGUUCGUUGCAACCGAGCAUGUUGCUGCGUCCGAGAAGAAAAAGACACUCAAGCAAAAGGAGGAGGAAAUUAAGUGCAAGGACGAACCGAAUGUUCCUGAAAACGUUGCCCUUCCGAUUAGGGACGUGCCGGAGAUUGUGGCGAACAUCCGGCCCGCCGUGUUUAAGGUGAAACUGACGAAAGUGACCAACCAAACGCAGCGGCUGAUUGACCGUCAGAAGCUGAUUGUAAACCUCCUCGACGAACUGUGUAUUGUGCACCUGCACGCGCUGACGAAACGCAUCCAGCAGAUAGAACGCAUUGCUGGCUUUAAGGACGCCAUUUGUCGGCGCUCCUUACAUCGCCUACUGCUUCCCAUGAUCAAAGACAAGAAGGUGAACGCCUAUGAUCUUACGCUACAGUAUGGUCAGCGAGUUCGGCUCUACCGCUUCGCCACACACCCGAAAAUAGAAAUAGAGCACCUUGUGGUGAAACGCGAAAUUCUCAAGUUGAAGAGCAACUUCCAUCUAAUGACGGAGGAGCAACUAAAGCGACCCUCGCAGCUACUGCCAAAGGAACGCAAGGAGGUGCUGGCGCGUCGCAAACAGAUGGCCGAGCGGAUUCCAAGUCUGCCGGUGUCCAAGACGCGGGCCCCAAAGCUGCUGCUGGCUAGGACACUGCACGAGUUCCUGUACUACCUACAGCACGAGCUGGACCGUGAUCAGAAACCUUUGGACAUGUCUGCCGAUCUGGUCCAGCAGUGGCAGAAGACAGAGCCGUCGCUGCAGCCUCGACAGUUUCUGGAAGAAUGGACGGCGGAGGAGAAUGAAAAAGUCCUGCCCUACACCUCCGACAUCAGUUGGCGCACCUUUAUUCCGCCUCUUCCGCGUUAUGAGGAUAAGCCAUCGGGAUGGCUGUACUUUAUGGACGCCAUGGACCGAAUGCCGCUGUCGCUGUUUCUCCGCAUCUGCAGAAUUGAUCGGGAGGCGAACGACCAGCUUCGUCUGCAGCUGCAGCACCCCAUCCGUCAGCACUACAUGCUCCAUCAGUUGCGAUUGCAGGCCAUUGUGCCGCGCCUGAAACUGCAGCAGCUCUACGUGGGAACACUGCGACUAUUGAACAACAUGGGUCUCAUCCAGGUCAGCGAGUGCAAAGUUGGCCGAGAUUAUUUGCAGCGCUGGGUGUUCCUCAACCGCCGGAGCCGCCUACUGGACACCACUGCCAGUACCGAGCAAAACUACAAGAAGGUCAGCGCAGAUCGCACCUACACUCAGCUGGAUUUUGAGUUCUGCGACAAGGAACAGGUGGCCCAAUACUGGGCCAAACUGCAGCACAUCUGCAUCUACACAAAGCUGGGCUAUCGGAACCACCUGAAAGUUCCCAACCGAAUGCCAGCCCCGCGGCUGGAGAAUCUGGCUUUUACGCCGGCAGUGGAUUUUGACGAGGCGGUGGAGAGGGACAACGGAUCAGUGCCGGGUGACAACCUGGGAGCCGCUGGGUUGGGCUCGCACUUGUACGCUCACCAGUUCCGACACUGGUCGUGGGUGCAGCGGCAGAACGGGCCAGCGCGACCGUUGGUUGGCACGAAGAAGUCCAAGAAGAUGUUGGGCAACAGGCGAACCACUGUGCGAAUAAAGGUGAGCAACCGGGCCGGGGUUCGCAAGCAGAUCAGUGGUCUGUCUGGCACCAAGUAUCCCAAGAAGAAGAGCGGGCCGAGGGACGACAUCGACCGGGAUGCGUUGCGCAACAUGCGCACUCUUCGUGUGAAGUGGUCGCCCGAUGAAGAUCGUCUGCUGUGGAUUGGCCGAGCAGUGUAUACAUUCUUCGAUGCGCCCGUUCUAACCCUGGCCUUGUGCGACGUCGGUCUCGUAUGCCGGGAUUUGAUCCGCCGGUACCUGGGUAUCUGCAACAAGACCACUCAGGCCGUCGUGCGGCGGAUUCAGUUCAUGAUGAAGACCAAGCGCGACGCUCCGGACAUGGCCGGUUGGAUCUACAUGAUGCAGACGCAGCCGCAGUUCCGGGACGUCUACAACGAAAACUUCCUCAGCGAGCUGAAGCGGGAGUACCCCAACAAAUCCGAAUUUCACGAUGUCCUGAUGGUACAUUUUGUUCUGGUGAUGACUAAACUGUAUCGCAUUGUGUCCAAGUCGCAACGAUCCAUGCGCACUCAGUUCCUGCUGCCGGAUACGCUGGAUUCAAUUCAAACCCGAUGCCGGCCAACAGUGGAGGAGCCACAACUGUACCAUCAGGAUCCCACCUCGGAGACAGAGCUGCAGGUGGCAGUGGCUCACGGGGUGCUCCACAGUACUGUGUGUUGUGCGAAGGAUAAGACACUGUUGAACUUGCAGACCUUCGAGAUCUACAAGCACUUCUCUGAAGAGGUGCUGAACGAGGCGUUCAACAAAGCGCGGGCCGACUCUCUGAUCGUGGCGGUGAAGCGCCGCAAUAUCCAGUGCGUCUCCAGCCGCCAGAUCACCGGCCCAGGGCAUCUGCUCAGCUCGAAGUACAAGUACCGCUUCAACUACACCAAGCUGCCUCACACCGUUUACGAGGGAUACUUCGAACUGGAUCGAAAACUGGUAGCGGAGGGGGAUCUGCAACUUUCCUCGCCGCACUUUGCCCAGCUCCUGCUCAUCGGCGAGUGGUCGGCCCGUCGAAGGCUGGUCCUGACGCUGCAGCUGCCAACCAACAUCCUGACAGUCGACACCACCACGAUAGCGAGGCAGAACGUCUGCUCCUCAGACCGAAUUCUGGAUCACUUCAGCUGCAUUUUCGACAACGCUCCGCAGACGGAGUUCUCCAAGCGGCUGGAGAGCGAGUGCAGCGCCCGUCCCUUGUCGCGGGUACGCUUCCAUCCCGCGAAUCUGAGCUACCGACUCCCCGCCAGUGCAUAUAACCAGCUAUCUAAGCUGCCACUGCGCGCCAUGCACUUUUUUUGUGCUCUGGACGCCUUGGGCGAGUCGGUCACCAUAAAUGUGGCCCGUUUGGAAGUGGGGGAGUGUCCCUUUGUCAACUGCAUCAUGCGCAGUAGUAACUACCUGAACGCGGUGGAGCGGAUCGCCCAUGAACAGCGACCGGUUCUGCGCCAGCUGGUGGCUGAUUCCUUGGCCUCCUCCCAGUCCCUGCAACUGGAUACUCUCACGGCGGACACAGCCCUUACGAUGACCAUCGCGAAUUUUAUGCCGUUUACACAGCAGUUGGAAAUGCACUGGCGGCAGCAACAGCUGCCUUUGGAGACUAAGGACCUGGGUCGUGCCCUGGCUGAGCAAAACCGGACUAAACUCACAGACUGGCGAUCCAUUUGCGCUGAACUUCUCGAGGAUGAGACUCAUGCCUGGGAUACGGACAGGGUGCAGGAGUACGAGCCAGCGCUGAACAAGGAGGAACGCGCCCGGGCGCAGGAUGUUUUUGUUGUACACCUUCCGACGAUUGAUAUUCGGGUUGCGGAAAGCUCGGAACAGCAACAGCUUGCCAAGCAGGAGAUGGAUGCUCUGCGGUCGGCGGUGCUCGAUAAAGUAUUGAAGGCUGCUUACUGGCAGUACACAGAGAACACCUUCGAUACUUUGCGACCCAUCCUGCUGGAAAAAGGACACAAUAGCAGUGCCACUCGGCAUAUGGAGGACAUUCUCCAUCACAUCGAUCAGCAUCCGCUGGGUGUGCAAGGACUGGAGCUGCGAAGGAUCUUUCCUCUUGGCGAUUUUCUGCUCGAAGCUCUCCAACUUCUGGCCGAGCACGACCUCGUGAAGAGGGUGGGUGUAGUCAGCCAUAUGUAUGUGCAUAAAAACCACAUACGCAACUGGGUGGUACACACCUUCCACAUCAAGCGGCUGGAGAGGGAACGAGUUCAGACCCUGGUGGCGGCAGCGCCCGCAACUCUGCAAGCAGUCGUCGGCCACAAGCGCCGGCUGGAGGCCCUAGAAGCCUCCAGUAGCCCAGUGCCCGAAAAGAAAUCAAAGCUGGAGGAGCAGAACAGUACGGAAAGUGAGAGCGACGAGGUUGAGGGAUCAGCCCCAAAGCGUCCCAGGAGGAACACGAGAAAAAAGGAUCCCCCGGCAAAUCAAGCUAAUCGUCCGCUAGAAGCUCAGCGAGACGCGAUUGCUAUGCGGCCGCAGCCAUGGAUCCGGGUGAAUGCAUCUCUCAAUCGGCGUGUCCUGGACCGUUGGUUGAGCACCAUCCUCGGUGAUUGCCUUUUACGUUUUGGCUGCACUGUCCAGUCGGUUUUCUUCCGCUUUCCGCACUUGGUUCCGGUGGACACCAUGUUCCUGCUCGAGCUGCUCGGCCAAAUCGGCUGCUUACAUCUCAUGGAAAUAAGACCGCACAAAGUGCACGUGGAGACGCUUCUGAGCGAGGACGGGCCAGACGAGGAGCAGCUUGUUACGGAACUGUAUGACCCGGCACAGACAUACAUUCAAGUGCACGGCGAUGCUAUCGGGCGGCUCACUAGCUUCAUAGGUCUAAAAAAAUACAGCACCGAGUUCGUAUAAGACAUUGUUGGCUUUCGAAGAUCGAAUAAGAAUUAGUAAACCCAUUUUGAAACGCAGAAUGUAUCAAGAUAAGAAUAUUAAAAAUA